AUGGAAGGUAUAAAAGAAGAGGCUAUACAUCAUACAGCACUAAAACUCGCGGAAGAAAUUAAAAACCUCUCAAUUUAUAAAUCAUUUUAUAGUGAUGUACAGAAACUAGUAUCGUCGCCAAAUGUUAAGAAGGAAGAUUUCAAACAGACAUUACAGCAAGCUAUGAAAGAAAAGGGUUUAGAUACCAAACUUAGGAAUACAGUUUUUCAUUGGGUUAGAACACAAAGUAAACAAAAUAAAUUAGAUCCAUUGACAUCCCUUUUAAAAGCAAGUGCACAAUGGGAAAAAAGAAUACAUAAAUCGUUGAAUUCAAUGUGUACAGAUCUUGAAACUUCGUUAGCAAAAAUUAGACCUCAAAGUGAACAAGAAGAAUUAUCUGACAAAUGGAAUGAACUUAGUACUUACACUUUAGACCUUUCAAAAUACAGACCUGUUUAUGCACCAAAAGACUUUUUGGAAGUACUGUUAACUUUAUCUGGCUAUGUUCCUUUCACUCGAGAGGAUGAACCAAAGUGGGAGUUUGCACAUCUACCGAUCCAAGUUAAGACAUUAGAUCAGUUACGAAAAGUUUUCCCAGAAUGGGCACAAGGUGAACCUCUUUUGGGUGUAAAUCCAAAUAUGCCGAGUUCAGUACCGGGGUUCUCAACACUCGAAGCAGAGCGCAUUAGCUUGGGAGAGAGAGUUGCAGCCCUGGGCUACGCGCCGGUCGUACAGGAGUACUUAAAGAAGGGAAGCCCUCAAUGCCUUCGAGCGAAGUUGUGGUCGCAAGUCUUAGGUUCUGAAGUAAAGGGUCAGCAAACGGCAUACUUCGCUCAACUUAAAAAGAAUGUUCUGGAAGUUGAUUUGAUGAUAGACAAAUUAAUAUUUAAAGAUGUACAAUUAACGGCUUCGAACGAUGACCAGUAUUUCGUAUUUGAAGAUUUAUUGUAUCAGGUGAUGUUAUGUUUUUCCCGCGACAUCGAUGUAAUGCAACAAUUGAAAGGUAGUAUUGGCAAUCCGCCGACAGUGACAAUAAAAGGAAAACAGACUUCAGCGGAAAGUAUGACUGUGUUUCCUCCAAGCGGAAUUAUACCUUUCCAUGGUUUCACUAUGUAUGCAACGCCUUUCUGCUAUUUGUACGACGAUCCUGUUCAAUUGUACUAUACGUUUCGAGCAUUCUAUGUGAGGUACUGGCAUCGGUUACAUUACAUAUCGACGCAUUCACAGGGUAUUGUAUCAUUGUGUCUACUAUACGAGAGGCUCCUAGAAGCGAAUGAACCUUUACUUUGGAUACAUUUUAGAAAUAUCAACAUUAAUCCAAUAAGAGUAGUAUUCAAAUGGUUGAUGCGGGCCUUCAGUGGACAUCUACCACCCGAUCAAUUACUACUACUCUGGGAUGCCAUACUGGGAUACGAUUGCUUAGAAAUCCUGCCAUUACUAGCGUUGGCAAUACUAAGUUUUAGAAAAGAGAAUAUAUUCCAAGUGAAUACUUUGCAGAAUGUUGAUGCUGUGUUGGCUGAUUUAUCCACUAUUUCCGUAAUACCAUUGUUGCAAUUAGCAUUAAUGAAACCCUGAUGUAAAGUCUUGCGCAUGUGUUAUGUAUAUGUCAUUGUCAAACGAGAUUUGUCAAAGUUGGAUACUAGCCAUUUAGACAACAAAGUUCAAAUAAAUAAUAUUUUAUUUACGUGACUUGUAAGGUUUUUAUUAGAAUUAUUGAUUUAUGUGCAAUACGGGCAGACGGCGUGAUAAAAAUGAUAGUGUCACUUUCAAUUUCAAAUAGCUAAUGAAAAAGUUAACCGUACUCUUAUCCUCACUGUGUGGAAAGUUGUGGAAAAGAUAACAGUAAUACUACUUUGGUCUACAUUUAAGUCACUGACUUCGGGGCAAUUUUAAAUAAAAUAAAUAAAUCGAAAUAAAUAAAAAAAUAUUAUCUGUUAAAAUUACUUUGAUAUUUAUUUAACGUUAGUGGUUCGAUAAUUACUUCAUUAUACAUAUGCGCAAGUCUCCAUUGUUAAACUUAUUGUUUUAUAGUCAUUUUUUUUCUAAUUUUGUAGAAUGAGACAUUUUCAAAUUAAAAAAAGAAAGUACAAAGUGUUACCUCAUUAAAUUUAUUUUUUCUUACACACAACACACCAAUUGCCCUCUUCGUAGAAACUGUCUUCUAUUAUUAAAUUAGCUUCUUUACAUAGUUCAUCUAAUUCACCUUCUUCAAAUACGUGAUAGUACCGUAGUAAAGUGUUUUCUGCAUUGUUUGAAACUUUAUUUUCAGAUACUUUCUUUAACUUCCAUGGUACUAAUAGAUCUUGGUGUUUGAAUUGUGUGCGGUUUUCGUGCACUGGAAGGUUGACACCCCCAACCGUGAUCUGAGUCUCUUGGGUCUCAUCAACUUGGUCUUGUUUACUUUUUAGAAGAUAAUUUGAUUUCGUUUGAUCCUUGGCCCAAACAGUGAUGAGAGCGCGCCCUCCUUGGCGGAGUAAACGGUGUAUAGUAGACACUGCUUGUAGCCUUCUGGCCU